AUGCCAGGCAUCAGCGUGCAUUCUGGCUCGACCGACGCGAGCCUUCUCGCAAAGCCAUAUGCCCUUCUCUCUAUCGCAGCCGUCGUGCUCAUCUACGCCUUCUACCGAUGGGCCCUGCCCAAACCGAUAUCCAACAUCCCGCACAAUGUGAGCGCCACAAAGAGCGUCCUGGGAGACAUCCCCUCCCUGAUGGAAGGCAUCAAGCGCACUGGAGAGUUCAACCUCUGGCUGCAGGAGCAGGCGGCAAAGCUCGGCUCGCCGCUCUUCCAGGUCUUCAUCCGUCCUCUUGACCGGCCUACGUUGGUCCUGUGCGACUUCCGAGAGGCGCAGGAUAUCCUCAUGCGGCGCAAAGAAUUCGACAGAUCGCGCGCGACGGCCGAUCUCUUGGAGAGCAGUGCGCCGGACCACCACAUCCACCUGAAGACGGACAGCGAAUGGAAGCGUCAUCGAAGGCUUUUGCAGGACCUCAUGUCCCCGGGUUUCCUCAACGAGGUCGCUGGCCCUGCUGUGUACGUGGGCGUGCAGAGACUCAUCGACCUCUGGAACGACAAGACUCGCAUGGCUGAUGGACGGCCCUUCCCCGCUGAGCUGGACAUUUACUAUGGAGCCCUGGACGCCGUGAAUGCCUUCACCUUUGGCGGCAACUUCCCCAUUAGCGCUAUCCAGCCCUCACUGGAAGCCGUGGAGAGUCUCACGGCCGAACACGUAGAGCGGCUUCGAAACACUUCCACCUCAAGCAACAAGCCCAUGGAUUUUCCUUAUGGAGAAUGUGACGAGAAGAUCACGGGAACUCUGGAUUUGGCCGGCGCCAUCGAGCAUUUGUUGGGAUCACCGAUUCCCAGGAUCAAGUGGUGGUUUGUUAAGAGGAGACCCGAGAUUGUGAAGGGUAUGGCCAUCAAGCAGGCGUACGUCAAAGAGGAGAUCGCCAAAGCGCUGCAACGCCUCAAGGACAGUGGCAACGUGGAGGAGACGAAAGUCUUGUCCGCCGUUGAGCUGGUUGUGCUCAGAGAGAAGAAGAUGGCAGAGAACGAGGGCAGACAGCCCAACUACUUCAGCCCUAUAAUGAUUGAUGAGGUCUUCGGCGUAGUCAUCGCAGGCCAUGAUACAACUAGCACCACCAUGUGCUGGGGCGUCAAGCUCCUAGCAGACAACCCCGACAGGCAGACGAAGCUCCGCGACGCUCUCCGGGCCGGCUUCGCCGACGCCGCGGCCGAGGGCCGCAGCCCCAGCAUCAAGGAGAUCACAAACACCAAGAUCCACUACCUGGACGCCACGAUGGAAGAGAUCCUCCGCUGCGGUGGCGCCGCCCCGCUGAUCGACCGCGAAGCCAUCUGCGACACCGAGCUCCUGGGGCACCACAUCCCGAAAGGCACCGUCGUGAUGAUGCUCGGCAAGGGACCCAGCGUGAUGAAGCCCGCGAUCCCGGUCGACGACUCCAAGCGCAGCAAAUCAAGUCUCGCCGCGAAGGCCCGGGUCUGGGACGACGACGACGUCGACCAGUUCAAGCCUGACCGCUGGCUUGUCGACGGCGAGUUUGACCAGCAGGCCGGCCCUCAGCUUGCUUUCGGUCUCGGCACACGCGGAUGUUUCGGUCGCAGGCUCGCAUACCUGGAGCUAAGGAUUAUCGUGACGUUGAUUGUGUGGAACUUUGAGCUACUGCGUUGCCCGGAUGAGCUGUCUGGGUAUGCCGCAAAGGAGGGUCUCACGUUCAAGCCCAAAGAUUGUUACGUUCGUCUGCGGGCACUAGGCAAAGACUGA